AGGAGCCAGGAUGGUGUUAGUUCAUGUGGGAUAUCUGGUUCUUCCUGUAUUUGGUUCAGUAAGAAGCAGAGGUGCUCAAUUUAGCAGGCACCAACACAGCCAUGCUACCUCCUGUCGCCAUUUUCACCUGGGCGCGCCUCUUCCUACAGAGUUUCCACCAACUGGCCUCGCUCCACCGCAGUACCAGGAAGUCCCGCCCACUUUUCUACCUCAGGCCUUACAGCAGCAAUACCUCAUACAGCAGCAGCUACUGCAGCGAAGGCGCACACAAGAGCGCGUCCCUCUCAACACACAGAGGUUACGCCCUGGAUAUGAAUACUCCCCUCCCCUUCACAUCCCCCAGCCAAUCACACAACAGCCCAGAUACCUGGCAGAGGGCACAGACUGGGAUCUGAGUGUGGAUGCAGGUUUGUCUCAUCAGUACCCACUGCAGCAGAUUCCACAGCCAUACCAGCACUACUUAGCCUCUCCCAGAAUGCACCAUCUUCCACGGAACACUUCCUCCACGCAAGUGGUCAUCCAUGAAGUAAGGAAUUAUCCGUAUCCACAGCUGCACUUGCUGGCUUUGCAGAGUUUAAGUUCCAGCCGGCAUGCUUCUGCUGUACGGGAAAGUUAUGAGGAAUUGCUUCAGCUGGAGGAUCGCUUAGGAAGUGUAAACCGAGGAGCAAUCCAGACCAUUAUUGAAAGAUUCACCUUCCCUCACAAAUACAAAAAGAGGAAGCCAUUGGAGAUGAAACUCUGUGACUACGAGGAGGAGUAUGACGUGGAUGAGAAAUGCACCAUCUGUCUUUCGAUGCUGGAGGAGAGCGAGGACGUAAGGCGAUUACCCUGCAUGCACCUCUUCCACCAGGUGUGUGUGGACCAGUGGUUGGCCAACAGCAGAAAGUGUCCUAUCUGCAGGGUGGACAUUCAGACACAGCUCACGUCUGAGAGCUGAAACAAACACACACACACACACACACACACACACAACCUGGCUCAGUUAACGACUAUAUGUUUGAAGCACAAUGACACAUGUUUUACAUCUGGAAGCCGUAACAUAGACAGACAUCAU